GGCUGACCUGAUCAACUGAGAUCUGACAACAAAAUACGCCUUACACAUUUCUUUCUUUACCUGACAUCUUCAAAGUCCAGUUCCCACAGUAUUCGCAGUAUCGACUGAUCUCAUCACUUCGAUUUGCUGACCACCCCUCAUUUACGAGCGAUCGAAUACCGAAUCUGCGAGACCGUCCCGAGCUGAGGCUCCUUAUCGCGGCAACCUGUCACUCGACGUUGAAUAGCCGGCCCUUUCUGUGACAGCUGCGCGCACAUUGCCAAGAAUAUCGGGGACAUCAUGAGCUACAACACUCCCCAAGAUAGCCAGCAGGGCAAGCCCCAGGUGCAAGCAUGUCGCUACAAGACAGGAAAGACGCUUGGCGCGGGGUCGUACUCGGUCGUGAAGGAAUGUGUACAUAUCGACACAGGAAGAUACUACGCGGCCAAGGUCAUCAAUAAGAGACUGAUGGCAGGUCGAGAACAUAUGGUUCGUAAUGAAAUCGCCGUCCUCAAACGUGUAUCUAUGGGCCACCAAAACAUCCUCACCCUAGUCGACUACUUCGAAACAUUAAACAACCUAUACCUCGUCACCGACCUUGCUCUAGGCGGAGAGCUUUUCGACCGUAUCUGCCGCAAAGGUUCGUACUAUGAAUCCGAUGCUGCUGAUCUCAUCCGCGCAACACUAUCUGCGGUUGCCUACCUCCACGACCAUGGCAUUGUCCACCGCGACCUCAAGCCAGAAAACCUUCUAUUCAGAACUCCCGAAGACAAUGCCGAUUUACUCAUUGCAGACUUUGGCUUGAGUAGAAUAAUGGACGAGGAACAAUUCCACGUCUUGACUACAACCUGUGGUACGCCGGGAUAUAUGGCACCAGAAAUCUUCAAGAAGACCGGUCACGGCAAACCAGUAGAUAUCUGGGCCAUUGGAGUGAUAACCUACUUCCUGCUGUGCGGCUAUACUCCAUUUGAUCGAGACUCGAACCUGGAAGAAAUGCAAGCUAUUCUCAUUGCAGAUUACAGCUUUACACCAAUUGAGUACUGGAGAGGUGUCAGUCUCCAGGCUCGCGACUUCAUCAAGCGUUGUCUGACAAUCGACCCCACAAAACGGAUGACGGCACAUGAAGCACUCUCUCAUCCCUUCGUAUCGGGUAUCCCAGCCGGCCAAGAUGGAAAGGAUGGCAAGGGCAGCGAUCUGUUACCAGUGGUGAAGAAGAACUUUAAUGCACGACGAACAUUGCAUGCAGCAAUUGAUACUGUGCGCGCAAUCAACAAGCUCCGAGAAGGUCAAGGCGGGUUAAUGAACGGUGUUGUGUCUUCGAACCCAGCGGGAGGCGCAAAGCCGUUGCAGCAGACGAACAAUGAUUCGGGAGUAGGAGGUAUGGGAAAUUCAGGUGGUGAUCCGAUGGAUCAUGAUUCGGGAUAUGCGACAUAUGGAGGACCAGAACCAGAGAAUACACACAUGAGAGGAAUAGAGCGGAGUUCCGGCCAAGGACAAACAGAGGCACAAAUCGAAGCACAAACGAGGAAGAUUGCCGAAACGACGAAAGGAUUAUGGAGUGCUGGCACAGCGAAGAUUACGGGCAGAUAGUCCGUCAAGAUUCUCCAGCAGGGAGACUA